AAAAGAUUUGAUGAGCUGAAGAGCAGUGGCAACUCACCUGUGGACAACCAGUAUAAUCCUGUCAUGGCUGCUGGAGAGAGUCCUAUUGAAACAUUAGCCACAUAUAUCAAAUCCUCCCUUCUAGACACACAGGGGGAAUUUCAAGACGCUCCAGUUGGUCAGGAUGCAAUUUCCAAAACAGGAAGACAUAGUAUAGCUUCCUCAAGGAAUUGUUCUUCAGAAAGUGAAAAUUGUACUACUCAUAAUGGUGGAGAAAAGACGGACGAAUCUGAAGGGCCAAAUAUGGUGAUUCAUGUAUGUGAUGAAGCAAAAAACUUGAAAGAAGACUUUAUUUGCCCACGAGAUCUUUUGGUAUCAGAAAUGAAGUACUUUGCUGAAUAUUUAUCUAUGGAUGCACAGCGCUGGGAAGAAGUGGACAUUUCCGUUCACUGUGACGUUCACAUCUUCAACUGGUUGAUACAAUAUGUUAAGAGGAACACUAAGGAGAAUAAAGAUUGUGAGACGCCCACUUUAGAGCCAGGAAAUGUCAUUUCUAUUCUUAUUUCUUCAGAGUUUUUGAAAAUGGAUUCAUUGGUUGAACAAUGUAUUCAGUAUUGCCAUGAAAAUAUGAAUGCCAUAGUAGCCACCCCAUGCAACAUGAACUGUAUAAAUGCAAAUCUUCUUACACGUAUAGCUGAUCUGUUCACACACAAUGAAGUGGAUGAUUUAAAGGACAAGAAAGACAAGUUUAGGAGUAAACUUUUUUGUAAGAAGAUUGAGAGACUGUUUGAUCCUGAGUAUGUGAAUCCAGAUUCUCGGAGUAAUGCAGCCACAUUAUAUAGAUGCUAUUUGUGUAAGAAACUGUUAACAAAGGAAACAGAAAGAAGAAUUCCUUGCAUUCCUGGAAAAAUCAAUGUGGAUCGACAUGGAAAUAUUAUCUAUGUUCACUUAAGAGACAAGACUUGGGAUGUUCAUGAGUAUUUGAAUAGCUUUUUUGAAGAAUUAAAAUCUUGGAGAAAUGUAUAUUGGCGCUUAUGGGGAACAGUCAACUGGCUGACUUGCUCAAGAUGUUGUCAAGCUUUUCUCUGUAUUGAAUUUUCACACUGUCAGUAUCACUCAGAAACAGUGAUCUACCCCACUGCAGCAAGUUCACAGAGUUCUGUCGGCACUGGGAUUUAUCCCUGCUGUAACCAAAAGGUUCUCCGGUUUGAUCCCACUCAGCUUACAAAGGGCUGUAAAGUGAGGGACCACAUGGUUGCUGUUUGUGAUCAAGGUGAAGGUGGGGAUUUGCUGUCUUGUCCGACUACUAGGAUACUGGAUGAUCUGCUCAGUCACAAAGAUGUCAUUAUUGUGCCUUUUUCUAAGGAUACUGUUAGUGAUUCUGGGGUUGGCCAAUGUGAAGAAAGGGGUCUAGACUGUGAUGUUUUGCUAGAGCCAAAUGCACCAUGGGGCCCAAGAACUGGGGAGCUCAAUGCUUUUUUGUCACUGAAAAACUGGACUCUGCAACUGAAACAGCAGUCAUUAUUUUCAGAAGAAGAAGAAUAUACCACUGGAUCAGAGGUCACUGAAGAUGAAGUUGGAGAUGAAGAAGAAGUAUCCAAGAAGCAAAGAAAAAAGGAAAAGCCAAAGAAAUUCACUAAGCAACCAAAAAAGCAGAUGUCUUCACCCUGUGCUCAGAAGAAAGAAAAGGCAUUGGAGAAGUCAGCUUCUAGAGAUGCGUCUCCUUUCAUUGUGAGUAUGCAAAAAAAUAAAUGGGAUGCCACCAGAUCCUUGCGAUUCAAUCAGGAUGCUCAAAGAGAAGAUGAUCAGCGACGGAUGUCUGAAAUCACAGGGCACCUUAUAAAAAUGAGAUUGGGCGAUCUCGACCGAGUCAAGUCAAAGGAAGCAAAAGAAUUUGCAGGGGGCAUUUACUCCAGGCUCGAAGCACAAGUCAAGGCCUCCGUGCCAGUCAGUGCUCGUCAGAGCAACACCGAGAAGACUACAAGGUCUAAAAGUCGUUUCGCUCAAGGACGUCCUGCAUAG